AUGGCGGAUGGGCGUGAUGAUCUAGCUGAAUCGCUACAAAACCUCUUCACGAGUGUAUCAUCAAUGGUCAAAUCCGAGCUCCAGGGAACGAGCAAUCAACUGGAUCUAUUGGAGAAGAUGAAUCGGAGAGUAGCGUCGGAGUACGAGGAUAUGGGUGACGUGGCGGCUGGGCUAAGGGUUUUCGCGGAGCAGAUGAAGUCGAAAAGCGGCGGCUUGGACGAGUUCGUGGGACAGAUGGACGCGAUCGAGAAGCAAGUAUCGGAGUUUGAAGCUGUGAUCUCUGUUCUCGAUCGCUAUGUCUCCGUCCUCGAAUCCAAAAUCCGAGCUGAGUCUCGUCAUCGUCAUCCAUCGUCGCCGUCGCUCUAA